AGAGUUGCUCAUGGAGCGGGAUCGACGGUGUAGAAACUCUUGUGUGAAGACAAAAGAGUUACCAAGUAAUUGGCACCCGAGAAAGCCCCGGGGACCCAGGGCAGGCAGAGCACCCAGCCUGCAAGCAACGUGGAGGCAGCUGCAGAGCCCUUGGAAACCCUGCUGGGCUGGUAGGUGGGCCUUGGUGGGGAGGCGCAGACAGGGACAGGUCGCCCGGUUGCAGAGCACACUUAUCAGCAAAGUCCCCUCUGGAUCAUCUGGAGACAAGUUUCGGAAGGUGUCCCUGUGACCUUGGAUUCAGCUGGCAUCCCCAGCCCUGAGCCGCCAGAGUGUGGAGAAGAUGCGGGCACACCUCGUGCUUCUGCUCAUCAGCUCCUUCCUGACACCGAUUGGUGCUUCCAUCUUGGGGCGCUGCGUAGUGGCUAAGAGGCUCCACGAUGGAGGCUUGGAUUACUUUGAGGGCUACAGCCUUGAAAACUGGGUGUGCCUGGCUUAUUUUGAGAGCAAGUUCAACCCCUCGGCUGUCUACGAGAACUCCCAAUGUGGCUACACUGGCUAUGGCCUAUUUCAGAUCCGAGACAAUGAGUGGUGUGACCACGGCAAGAACCUCUGCAAAGUGUCCUGCACCGCUUUACUGAAUCCGAACUUAAAGGACACAAUUGAAUGUGUCAAGAAAAUCGUGAAAGGAAAGCAAGGAAUGGGGGCAUGGCCCACCUGGUCCAGGAACUGCCAUCUGUCGGACACCCUAGAAAGGUGGCUGGAUGGUUGUGAUCUGUAGCUACCUGGGUGCUCCUGCUGUGCUCGCCAGCCAUGUCCUGUGACUAAGGAUGCUUUUCUGUUUGCUGCUCCGAUCCAUCCAGUUAUCUCACCGCUUGACAGCUCCAGAUGGAAAAGGACAAAAGUCCACUUCAUCCAGGGGUACAAGGUGCAGAAUAAACCAGCUAAUUACUCAA